GUCCUAAAGCGCUGACUGCUCCCCAGUUUCCGUAGGGAAGCACUGGGUUACCUCAGCUAUUGUGCGUCGCCCCAUCGCCCUCCUCUUCUCACUUCGGGUCCAUGGAGGAAGGCUACAUUUCUUCACCUCCCGGACUUAACCCUUCCAGCACCUACCCCGUCAGUAGGCCGGCUCCCUAGCACUAGGCGCCAAGUUGGCAGGCUCUGAAACAUGGGGCAUCCCCCACUUGAGUUCAGCGACUGCUACCUGGACAGCCCCGAUUUCCGCGAGAGGCUCAAGUGUUAUGAGCAGGAGCUUGAGAGGACCAAUAAAUUCAUCAAAGACGUGAUCAAAGACGGCAACGCGCUUAUCAGCGCAAUGAGAAAUUACUCCUCUGCUGUUCAGAAGUUUUCCCAGACACUGCAGUCAUUUCAGUUUAAUUUCAUUGGAGAUACCCUGACUGAUGAUGAGGUUAACAUUGCUGAAUCCUUCAAGGAGUUUGCUGAGUUGCUCAAUGAAGUAGAAAAUGAGAGGAUGAUGAUGGUCCAAAAUGCUAGUGAUUUGCUGAUUAAACCCUUGGAAAAUUUCCGGAAGGAGCAAAUAGGUUUCACAAAGGAGCGGAAAAAGAAAUUUGAAAAAGAUGGUGAGAAGUUUUAUUCUUUAUUGGAUCGACACUUACAUUUGUCAUCUAAAAAGAAAGAAUCUCAGUUACAAGAGGCAGACCUCCAGGUGGACAAAGAGAGACAUAAUUUCUUCGAGUCUUCUCUUGAUUAUGUUUAUCAAAUCCAGGAAGUUCAGGAAUCCAAGAAGUUCAAUAUUGUGGAGCCAGUCUUGGCCUUUCUUCAUAGCCUCUUCAUUUCCAACAAUUUGACUGUGGAACUCACACAAGAUUUCCUCCCCUACAAACAGCAGCUCCAGCUCAGUUUGCAGAAUACAAGAAAUCAUUUCUCCAGUACCCGGGAAGAGAUGGAAGAACUUAAGAAAAGGAUGAAAGAAGCUCCCCAGACGUGCAAGCUUCCAGGACAGCCAACCAUUGAAGGCUAUCUUUAUACCCAAGAGAAAUGGGCUUUGGGAAUAUCCUGGGUGAAGUACUAUUGCCAGUAUGAGAAGGAAACUAAAACACUCACCAUGACACCUAUGGAACAGAAGCCAGGUGCUAAGCAGGUACCCUUGGACUUAACCCUGAAGUACUGUGUGAGAAGGAAGACAGAGUCUAUUGACAAGAGGUUCUGUUUUGAUAUAGAAACUAAUGAAAGGCCAGGAACUAUCACUCUGCAGGCUCUUUCAGAAGCUAAUAGAAGGCUAUGGAUGGAAGCCAUGGAUGGGAAAGAACCUAUAUACCACAGCCCCAUAACAAAACAGGAAGAAAUGGAGCUGAAUGAAGUGGGGUUUAUGUUUGUUAGGAAGUGCAUCAAUAUCAUAGAGACCAAAGGGAUCAAGACAGAAGGGUUAUACCGCACCGUUGGUAGCAAUAUUCAAGUUCAGAAGCUACUGAAUGCCUUCUUUGUGAGUCGAAGUGGCGGGACCUCGGACAGCUCAGCAAGUCAUGGCGGGACCCUGGCCAGUCGCAAGGGACACUGGCAAGUCACGGCAGGACCUCGCCAGUUGUGGCGGGACCUCAGCGAGUCACGGCGGGACCCUGGCAAGUCACGGCGUCGGCCAGUUGCAGCGGGACCUCGGAUGGUCGAUCCCAAAUGCCCAGGAGAUGUUGAUUUUCAUAAUAGUGACUGGGACAUUAAGACAAUCACCAGCUCCUUGAAAUUCUACCUGAGAAAUCUCUCUGAACCCGUCAUGACCUACAGGCUUCAUAAAGAGCUGGUCUCAGCUGCCAAAUCAGACAACCUGGAUUAUCGGCUUGGAGCCAUUCAUUCCCUUGUAUAUAAGCUACCAGAAAAGAACCGUGAGAUGCUGGAACUUUUGAUAAGACACUUGGUCAAUGUUUGUGAACAUAGCAAAGAGAAUCUUAUGACCCCUUCCAACAUGGGAGUGAUUUUUGGGCCCACCCUGAUGCGUGCUCAAGAAGAUACUGUGGCUGCCAUGAUGAACAUCAAAUUCCAGAACAUCGUGGUAGAAAUCCUAAUUGAGCACUUUGAUAAGAUCUAUUUAGGUCCACCUGAGGAAAGUGCUACAGCCCCAGUGCCUCCACCUCGAGUGACAGCAAGAAGACACAAACCAAUCACGAUUUCAAAACGUUUGCUGCGAGAAAGGACAAUUUUCUAUACUUCUUCCAUGGAUGAAAGUGAAGAUGACAUCCAACAUCAAACACCCAACGGUUCUUUCAUUAGCAGCCUAGAACCACCUAAACUGCUACAGCAUCUCAAACCGCCCAUACAGAGGAAUGCAGAAGCUGAUCCUGGGAGGAAGUCUCCAAGCAGACUUGCUCCAGAUAGCAAAUUAGAGCCUUGCCCUGAGGUGGAUGUGGGGAAAUUGGUGUCUAAACUGCAGGAUGGAGGGACCAAGGCCACCCCCAAAAGCACCAAUGGACUUAUGCCAGCCUCUGGGCCCAUGAAGACCCCCUCUUUGCACAUAAAGAGACAAGCUCCCCGGCCUCUGGCUCACCAGAAGGAGGGGGAUGCUGACAAUUUCAGCAAAGUGCGGCCUCCAGGAGAAAAACCAACCAUCAUCCGCCCCCCAGUAAGGCCCCCAGACCCUCCUUGUCGGGCAACAACUCCCCAAAAGCCUGAAUCAAAGCCAGAGAUUGUGGUUGGCAAUGCAGGGGAAAUCCCAUCAUCUGUGGUGGCUUCUAGGACCAGGUUCUUUGAAACAGCUUCCCGGAAAACAGGAAGUUCUCAAGACAGACUUCCUAGAGAUGAGAGUUGAGGCCAUAGAUUUUAAAAGCCUUGACCUCGAGGGACCCUUUCCAGGUUCUGAAAGGGUCUACUUCAAACCCUGGUGUACUGAAUCAUUCUAUGCUGAAGAGCAGCUCCUUCCUGGCUCUUCAACUUCAGGCUCUGGGAAUUCAUAAAAUAAGGGGCACAUGUCUUAGAAACAUGCUUAUUUCUCUUUUGUAUUCUGUCUUCAUCUUCUCAGAGGUUCUAUCUUGAGCUCCUGUAACACUGUGAAAUGGCUGAACUCCCUCUGCAAAAACCAAGCUCUCCACUGAUGAAUUGAAGAGGGGAGCCUAGUUUUCAACUUCUUCUGAACUGCCUGCUUCCUCAAAAGGCCACUGAACUUGGAAACAUUCAGGGCUAAAGCUCCAUCUCAGGAGCUUUCACUUAACUAAAGGCCACUUGAGUUGGGGCCAUUGCUUACUUGGGUUGGAGGGAAGUAGAAACAUUUCCUGAACAAUGGAGAAUCUUAACAUGUCUCUUACUUAGAAUGUGGACACUGAUGCCAGGCUUAUGUUCUGGUGCUGCAGCAUGUUGCCAAGAACCUGUCUUCUCCUGAGGGGUUAGAUGGCAUGGAUGAUGCCUCAAUAGGAUCCUCCUCCCAUAUGAACCCACUCUUGCAUACAACCACUUAGAACAAAUCUGCAAAACAUAUUUUGCAUAUGGAAGUCUAUAUCUGUUUGGAUUAUCAUUCCUUCCAUCUUCAUCCUCAUCUGACAGCUUCCUUUCUAAGCAAUCAAGAAAAAUAGAAAAUGAAAAAACAAAAUUGGAAAACAUAUAUUUGAAGAAAGCAGACUUUGUCUUGUCGCAGUUCCAUUCUUCGGUCAUAUGCUAGAAAAAAUUGUUAAAAUGGGUUGAGAUGAAGCAGCUAUUGCUGUUGGUUCAUUUUUGUCUUCUGCUGAUAAGCUCUUUUUGUCUUCUAAAAAAACCAGUUCUUAACCCAGUGCCCGUGGAUUCAAGAAUUCCAUAAUGCCCUUAAGAUGAUAUACAUAAUUGCAUGACAGUAUGCCUUUUCUGGGCAGACAAAUAUCCAGUGAGCCUGUGACCCAAUAAAUGUUCAAAAGCGUAAUCCCUGAGAUAAAAGACUCUUCAGUACCCAUAAAGUUCUUUAUUAGAAGGGUUUUACAAAAGCAUUUAGUCCACUAGUCUAGUUACUGGCAGAGGAAUGUGGCCACAGCAAAACAAGAUCUCAGGUCCCCAGGCUCCUAAGCAAGGUUAUUUCUAUUAUACCACACUUACAUAGCAAAGAUCCUCAUGUUUAGUGACUUUGAUGGUCAUUAUUUUGUGGAUUUGGCUUUACCAUCUUUGAGCCCAAUAUAUUUGCAUCCAAUUUGCCAUCUCAAUCACUGGAGGGGAACUAAUAAAAUUCAGUGCAGUGGAUCAAAGAUCUGAGGAAUAGACCUUUCUGGAUCCUGUUUGUUAAAGAGAAGCUGCUAGAAAGAGUGUCCCACUUGUGUUCUCUUUAGAUGCACAGGCCAGAGCCUGUAUUUAGGGUUUAUAUAAUUAUUAUAGGGUCCAAUAUAAGAGAAAGGACUCUCCAACUUGCAAGACCCUGGUAGUUCACUUGAUGAGGGGAAGGAAGAAGCACAUAUGUCCAAACCUACAUGCCUUUUGUACAAUGCUACUGAAAAGUGAUAGUUUUAAGACUGGGUUCCAGAAAUAUUUUAUUUCUGGAUUAGGAACACUUCCAAACACAGUGAAAGCCUUUGUGAGUAUAAUUAAGUAGAAACUUGAUACCAUUUUAAAUCAAAACAUGCCCACCUGGCCACAAUGACCUUUUCCACCCAAUCUCAAAGGCUAUGUCACUAAGAAAUCAGGAGCAAGAGAGCCAAAUGACCAUCAUUCCAUCUGCUGCUCACCCUCAAAAGUAGUCUCUCUGAGGCUUUCGGGCUUUGUUGAGCUAACUAAAGUAGUUAGGUGUGCAGAAGUUGGCCACAGAAGCAGUAGAUAGUGAAACCUUAAUACUUUGGAAGAUGGUAGAGACAUGGUUUGACUUUGGUUUUUCUUGGAUGAAAAUGCCACAAUCACCAGUACAAAUACUGGAGUAUCAGGCCUAGAAAAGUUCUGCAGUCCAAGUGGAAAAGGUAUUCAGAAACUUGGGAAGAACAUUGCUGUGUUCCUUAGAACACAGCUAUCCUGAAGAGAUUGGGCCACUAGUCUCACUGAAAGCCAGAGAACAGUGGUUAGCUAUCUCUGCACCUGCACUGGGUUAUCCCUAAAGAAUAUACUACAGUGUCUCCCAUUGGCACUCUGACUUAAAGAGCAAAAGCUUCUAAGGAGAGGCAGGCUAUUUGGGUAUGAGAUUGGCAUGGCCUAGGCUUGACGGAUGGUCAUUCAGAACAGAUUAUAGCAAGAGGAUGAUAAUCAGAUAGUGGCUGCUAUAGGAAAUUAUCAGCAACCUUGGCCAGUAGAUUAGAGAAAUUGCCAAUGGGUAGACUGUAGCUCUUGAACUAAAGAAGCUAACAAUUAUGAAAUACAUAUGAAGUGCUAGAUAAUUCAUAUAGAUUAUCUCAUUUCAUCCUUUUAACAAUCACUGAAGUACUCAUCUCAUUUUACAGAUAAAGGAAUUAUGACCCAGUGGGCUUAAAUAACAUGUACUAGAGUACAGAGAUAGUAAAUAAUAGAACUAUUAUUUUGGGUCCAGGAAUCUCUGACUCUAUACCUCAUGCUAUCUUCCCUUUGUUACAGUAAGGUAGGUGUUUGAAUAAAGGCCAUAUUACUGGA